CUCUGCGUGGCCAUGGCGUUGUUGCCUGCCGCUUCCAGCGGGGUCUUCUUCUGGGAACAUCAACCAGCACUGUUGAGAAGAUUUAGCUGCAUUGUAUGCUGCUCUAAGACAGUCAAAGGUGACUUGAAAACGUUUCCAACGGAUGUACGAGCACCAGCUUCACUUGAGAGCCGCGAAAGCCAGCAUGCGACACUUCCUUGUGCUGAAACUAUCGCAGCCAUUGUCACUCCACUCUGUGGCAAGCAAGGAGCGGUGGCGAUUGUCAGGAUGUCUGGGCCAUCUGCGGUUUCGGUGGCUCAAGCCAUAUUUCGUCCGUUGAGGAAGAAGAAGUGGAUUCCUCAGAGCCACAAAGUGGUCUACGGUACGAUCAUUGAAUAUCCAAAGGAGACUAUUAUAGAUGAGGUUAUUAUCGUUCCAAUGCUGGCGCCGCGAUCAUAUACGAGGGAAGAUGUUGUAGAGAUUCAGUGUCACGGUGGCGACGUUUGUGUUCGUAGAAUCCUCGACCUUUGUCUUCAACACGGUGCAAGGCUCGCACAGCCAGGAGAAUUCACUUUGCGCGCAUUUCUCAAUGGCCGGAUCGACCUAUCGCAGGCAGAGAAUGUGGCGCAGCUGGUGUCUGCGAAGACCGCCUCGGCAGCAGAAACAGCGCUUGCUGGACUCCAGGGAGGCCUGUCCAACUUUGUCCGCUCCAUGCGCUCCCAGUGCAUCGAGCUUCUGGCAGAGAUCGACGCUCACGUCGACUUUGAGGACGAGCUCGCACCUCUCGACGUGGACAAAAUCAUGGAAGCCGUGGGAAGUGUCUCGGCGCAAGUGGAGCAAGCGCUGGAAACUGCCGCUCGGGGCCGUUUGCUCCAGUCAGGAAUCCAGGUUGCAAUCGUGGGACGUCCAAACGUGGGGAAGUCGAGCCUGUUGAACGGAUGGAGCCAAAGCGAGAGAGCAAUAGUGACCGACGUGGCUGGCACUACUCGCGAUAUUGUGGAGGCUGAUGUUGUCGUGAGCGGUGUGCCGGUGAGGCUCUUGGACACUGCUGGGAUCCGAAUCACCGAGGACCCUGUGGAAAGCAUCGGGGUACAACGGUCCCAGGCAGCUGCAACGGGUGCCGACGUCCUGGUCAUGGUAAUCAACGCUUGCGACGGGUGGACCACUGGGGACAAGCUCAUCUUUGAUCAUACUCUACAACAGGUUUUUUUUUUUCUUCGUCUCAACCCAUUUCUUAAUUCAAUCAGUCCGGAACUUCCUUCUUUUCAGGCUCUUCGCGAGAAGCCUUGGAUCCUGGUGAUGAACAAGAUUGAUCAGGUGUGUGGAGGAGACGUAACCAUACCGGAAGACGUGAGAGCAGCGUUCUCGGCCGUGGUCUCCACGUGUGCCGUCAAAGAGGCGCUCGACAUCGACAAGCUAGACACGGCUCUAGCCGCCUUGAUUGCUGCCGGGGGUGACGUCUUCUCGGCUGGCCAGCAACACUGGGCAGUAAACGAGAGGCAGAAGGAGCAGCUAAUCCGAGCGAAACAGGCGCUGGAGCGGCUGAGGCAGUCAGCUCACGAGGAGCUGCCAGUGGACUUGUGGACCGUAGAUCUGCGCGACACCAUCCUGGCCCUGGGACAGAUCAGCGGCGACGAUGUGUCUGAGGAGGUUCUGGCGAAUAUUUUCAGUCGCUUUUGCAUCGGGAAAUGAAUGCAGGGGAUGAGGAUCACAGGAACUUACAGGAAGAAAUCAAAGAGAGGAAGAACAGAAAAGGAAGAAGAAGAAGAAGAGUGUACGGCAGAGCGAGCACCACAAAUGCAGGAGCCUCACGUGAAAGUUAGGAAUGUGGUCAGAUCUUAUGCAGACUUCCUUCAAAUAUGGAAAGCAUCUCUGCGAUCGGCCUCUCUUUUUGCUUCUUUUAUUUAAGAAAGGAACGUUUUUUUAUCGGGUGA